AUGAAGGAGGAGCAGCAGCUGCAGCAGCAGCAAAUGCUGCUGCUGCAGCAGAUGGAGCAGCAGCAGCAGCAGCAGCAACUGCUGCUCGAUCAGCAGCAAAAGCUGCAGCUAGGAGCCUUCGGCAGCAGCAGGCCCAACACAGCCUACUAUAGCGAGGGUUCUCCUCUGCAUGCAGCAGCAGCAGCAGCAGCACCAGAAGCAGCAGCAGCAGCAGCAGCAGCAGCAGCAGCAGCAGCAGCAGCAGGGAGAUUUCCAACACAAGAAGCAUGCCUAACCCCAACAGACGAUGGCCCCCCUUCUGCUGCUUCCUCUCAAUCUGUGUAUUCUAGCGAGCUGCAGCAGCAGGAAUAUCUGCUGCUGCAGCAGCAGCAGCAGCAGCAGCAGCAGCAGCAGCACGAGGAAGACUACUUGCUGCAGCAAGAACAAGAUGAAUACCUGCUGCUGCAGCAGCAGCAGCAGCAGCAGCAGCAGCAGCAGCAACGCCUUUUGCUGCCUAGCAGACAUCACAAACAAAAAACAAUUCCUCCUUCAACUCGAAGCAGAAAAUACAAACAGCAGCAGCAGCAGCAGCAGCAAAGGCAGCAGCAGCAGCAGCAGCAGCUGCAGCAGCAGCGGGGGAUGCUUCACCCAUAUGAUUACCCCAGCAGCAGAGUUCAUGUCGUCAGCCGCUCAUCCUCCUCUGUAUCCAGUCACUAG